ACCUUUACACAUCUUUAUAGUGCUCUGACAGCCUAAAUAGAUGUUAGGUUCAGCUGUUCCCAUGCACAAGCCAGCAUCUGUAAUUCUCAUCAGCGGUGCUGAGCACUUCUGAAAAUCAAGUUAUCCCUUUCAGAUGCCAAGACAAAGGUCUUGCACCCUCCACUUAGGCACCUAACUCUGAUAAAUGCUGCCCUGUAUACUGAUAAACCAUUAAUUUAACAAAUAAUUUCUGCCUAUUAUUGGAUGAUGCAGAGGGUGCUGUGAACCAGACUCUUCUUCAUUGCUUUACAGUAAUGUACAGGCAAAUAUAGACCCUUGGAAGAUGGGUUUGCUGGCAGGGAAGCUCAGUGCAGCAGAUGUCUGUGAAGCCUCGAAGAGCAGGGCUGAGGGAUGGAGAUGCUGCGUCCCAGAGGCAGAAGCACUUGUGUGGGAUAAUGAUGUAUCGGCUCACGCCCAGACUGUUGCCAAGGCCAAAUAUGAAUUUUUAUUUGGCUUGGAAGAAGAGAAGCAUUCAGAAAUGGGUAGUGGCCAUGCAAGCAGCACUUUGGUACCUCAUACCAUCAUCAAUGAAUUUCCAGAGUAUGGCACUGUAGAGCCAAGUGGAAACGCGCCGAGGGCUUCAUCGCCAUGCCAGGCAGAGCCUGUGACACACAGUCCAGAAAGACGGGACAGUCACCACCAGGUACCUGGCAGGUCCCUUCCUCAGUGUGUGGCUCCUGCAGACAAUUUGAGACCUGAUGCUGGGGCAGCGCAGCUGCAUGCCACAGAAGAAGGUUUGCAACCUGCCGGUAACCUGCCAGAGAUUAUGAAAAUCUCUCAACGGCUGGAAACAACAAAGGUGCAAGAGAGAGCAAAUACUUCUCUUGACUCAGAGACUCAAAUGGAAAAAAAGAGUGUUACUGGCAGCCAAAAUGUGCAGGCAGCCAGAGAACCAGUUCUAGCAGGCCAAGAAAAACCCUCAGACAUGCCUCUUCCAUCUGAACGAACAGCUGAGGAAAAAAUGCAUUUGAUCGUAGAGAAAGAUCUGGCUGCAAUAUGGACUGGAGAAAAGCAGUCCGAGUCCUUGCAAGCCAUCAGUAAUAAAGCCGAGGAGGUCCAUGCAGCGCAGGAGACAAGCUGUCAUAGACCAUCUGUGACAAACCUGGAAGCAGCCAGCAGAGUGGAGGGGUGGGCGCAUUUUGAGGAGUUUUCAGCGUACAGUCAAGGCAAAAUGCAAAUGGGUCCUGAGAGAAGGCUCUCUAAAGAGGCAGCUGUGAGCAAACACGUAGAAUUUCAAGGGGUGGAGAUUUUAUGGCUGCAAAAAGCCGAGGAGCAGAGAAGAAAGAAGCACUCACUGCUGGAGACUGUGUCCGUGGAGAGGAGGGCAUCCCCCAAAACGUCCAGCCACCCUGCGCCACUGACGGUCUCCCCAGGCUUGGUCUCCUCGCAGGACAGCGCUUGGAGCGAGGUCUGUGAGGACCUGACGCUGGGACCCGCUGCCUCUGGAACCACUCCUCUGGUGCUGCUUGAUGAAAGCGGGGAGGAUGAAGUUUUUGUGAAGAACAAGAAGAGCCACAGUGAGGAGGAGAUGGCUGUGCUAGCGAGAGGCCAGGGCAGGAUGAUGGAGGAGGGGGAAGCAGCCAUGGGAGGAUAUGAAGAUGUCCUUGGGCAGAGGCACUCUGACGUCUCCACUGAUCUGUACAGCUCACAGUUUGAAAACAUCCUAGACAAUGCAUCUUUAUACUACAGCGCGGAGUCGCUGGAGACAUUGUACUCGGAGCCCGAUAGCUACUUCAGUUUUGAGAUGCCACUCACUCCCAUGAUCCAGCAGCGCAUGAAGGAGGGCGGCCAGUUUUUAGAUCGGACAUCAGCCUCGGGGCAGCCAGAUGUCCUGCAGCUUCCCCCUGACGGGGCGAUGAAGGGCUGCGGUGAAGGCAUCGCCAAUGGCUUAAGGGAUGCAAGAGAAACACUCUUUAGAGGAGAUGUCACGGAAGUCCCUCGUCUGGAAAGCAAUGCUGAACUGCAGAAUAUGGUGUUAGACUCUGCUGCUGCCAUGGGGAGCAAUGAACUUCAGGAGAAAGAUGCCACUGGAGCCCUUGGCCACGAUCUCAGCAAUGGCAGCAGCAGCAAUUUGGAAGCAGCCAGGCGCCUGGCUAAGCGCCUCUACCAUCUGGACAGAUUCAAACGCUCUGAUGUGGCAAAGCAUUUGGGUAAAAACAACGAAUUCAGCAAGCUUGUGGCCGAAGAAUACCUUAAAUUUUUUGACUUCACAGGCAUGACGCUGGACUACUCGCUCAGGAGUUUCUUUAAAGCUUUUUCACUUAUCGGAGAAACUCAGGAACGAGAGAGAGUUUUAAUUCACUUCUCCAGCAGAUACUACCAGUGCAACCCAAACACCAUUUCUUCUCAAGAUGGAGUUCACUGUCUCACAUGUGCCAUGAUGCUGCUGAACACAGACCUGCAUGGCCACAACAUUGGGAAAAAGAUGACCUGCCAAGAGUUCAUUGCUAACCUCCAGGGGAUGAACGAUGGCAAAGACUUCCCGAAAGGGCUGUUGAAGGCUCUCUACAAUUCAAUCAAGAAUGAGAAGCUGGAAUGGGCCGUGGAUGAAGAAGAGAAAAAAAAGUCUCACUCAGAUGGUACAGAUGAAAAGGAUAAUGGGAGCCAGACAAAGGCUAUCAGUCGAAUUGGCAACUCAAAUAACCCAUUCCUGGACAUCCCUCAUGACCCUAAUGCUGCUGUGUAUAAAACUGGAUUUCUGGCUCGAAAAAUCCAUGCAGAUAUGGAUGGAAAGAAAACUCCCCGGGGAAAGCGAGGCUGGAAAACCUUUUAUGCUGUGCUGAAGGGAACAGUCCUGUACUUACAGAAGGAUGAAUACAAGCCAGAAAAGGCUUUGUCAGAGGAAGAUCUGAAGAAUGCCAUUAGUGUGCACCAUGCGCUGGCAUCCAAGGCAACAGACUAUGAGAAGAAACCCAAUGUCCUCAAGCUUAAAACAGCAGAUUGGAGGGUCCUGCUUUUCCAAGCCCAGAGCCAAGAAGAAAUGCAGACUUGGAUCAAUAAGAUUAACUGUGUGGCUGCUGUCUUCUCUGCACCACCAUUUCCAGCGGCAAUUGGCUCUCAGAAGAAGUUCAGUCGCCCGCUCCUGCCAGCCACCACAACGAAGCUAUCUAAGGAUGAACAGCUGAAGUCCCAUGAAGCUAAGUUGAAGCAGAUCUCCACUGAGCUUGCCGAGCAUCGCUCCUAUCCUCCUGACAAGAAGCUCAAAGGCAAGGAAGUAGAUGAUUACAAACUGAAGGAUCACUAUCUGGAGUUUGAGAAAAAUCGCUAUGAGAUUUACGUUGGCCUCCUGAAAGAAGGGGUGAAGGAGCUGCUGAGCGGAGGAGAGAAUGAUGUGCCAGGACUGAAGAAAUCCCACUCAAGUCCCUCAUUGAAUCAGGAGUCUCCAGUUAGUGCCAAGGUGAAACGCAAUGUCUCGGAGAGGAAGGACUACAGGCCAGAAACACCCAGCAUUAAGCAGAAGGUUACUUAGGGUGGAAAUGACAGCUAGGGGAACAGCCAUGCAGCAAAGUACCGGUGGUCAAAAUUCUUUCUUUUAAUAACCUGUCAUUCACAAAAAAUAAGUGCAUCUGCCUGAAUGGGGUGUUAGUGACAUUUUCUAUUGUAUAUUUUGCUGUUUCUGUGCAGAUUGUGGGAGAUGUCUUUGCUCCUGCUUUGCUUUGCUUUGUUAAUUUAUCAUUUAGCAAUUGAAGCAUCGGGACUUUUUUGUGUUGUUCUGUUUCUAAAGGAGCUGGGGGAGGGGUAGAGCGCUGUGACAUAUUUACUGUCUCUUCCCCAUUUAUCUCCUCCCAUCGGCACGUGGCUUUCAUCUCUCAAGUCACUUGUCACUUUAUUUAUGUGGUGGGUGGGAAAAGUAACUGGACAAAUGCUGCAGUGCUGAGAAUGCAAGCUGUAGCUGUGAGGAAAGCUGUGCAAACAGGCAGCUGCAGAAGGCUGGUUAGAGCCUAGGGUACUGGGAACACUGGUUUCCUGACAAUGCAGAGCAUGUUGGUACUGGUACUUAGCAGCAGGUGCUACAGUAAAUAGUCGCUGUUGCUUAUUGUUAUUGCAUUGACUCUGGACCCAUGAGUGCAAAGGAAUGAAACCUGGAAAACCACUGACAAUGCUGGGGUGACAGCAUUGGAAUAAUUUGUUUGCUUCCUUCCAAGCAAAGAGUAUUCUCCUGAGUUAGCAGGCUGGGGAGUAUCCAAACCCGUGCUGUCUCUGCGGUCAGGGAGAUUAGGCAUUACCCAGUUGGAAUGACUACCUGGGCUUUAAAUUUAUUUGCAGAGGAGGCUGCUGUAGAUGUCAGCCAUUAGCAUUGUAAUUUAAAGACAAAGGGUCUCUGUGUAGUUUUUAACUAUACGCUCUCACUUAGCUGCUAUGUAGAGCCUUAUGAUGUAUCGUGCCCUGAUCCAGGAGUUUCCUUGUUGGUGUGCACAGAUAGGUGUUUGCAAUUUCUCUGCUAGUGACAAAGCACUUCGCCUUUUCUCUUCAGGAAGAGAUUCUUCUCAGCUCUCCAUUUUCCUGCUUUAGCUCACAUAGAGGUGGAAGAGGCUGAUGCAGACUGGAGAAGGGGACGAUGUGUCCUCACUGUGGGCCAGGGUUUGAUGCUGUCCUGGCUGCUCCGUGCCUGGAGGCCAGCACAGGGCAGCCUCAGCUGUGGCAGAUCCUACCCUCCAUCCACAGGGAACCAGCCUGCCUUGCAGCUCCUGCAUACCCUGUGCCAGGCUUUCAGAGUGGAGCGCAGGACAGGGACAGACCACCAUGAGUAGAGCUUUCCGUACCUGAAAGCCCCCUGUUUGUGCCACAGACCCUCAGGGUGGCCAGCAGUCUUCAGGCACAGGGAGUAGAAAGAUGAUGCAGAAAUCAUUUUCUUGCUUCCUAGCCCCUCUUGCCUGGGCAGCAUCAUGGCUCUGCAGAGAGUGCUGGCUCACCUGUUACUUAACACCCUGGGUUUUAAUCUCAGGUUUGAUUCUGGCCUGCUGGGUGAGCUCGGACUGGUCUCUCCCGUUUUGCCUCACCCUUCCUCUAUGCGGAGGACAACCAAAGUAGCCUUUCCUGCAGAGCACCUUGGGAGAGAAUGUUGAAGGCCAGUUGAAAAUUGUUGGUUGCUGUUAUUUUUGUUGUGCCUGGCACAGGGCAGCCUUCCUGGUGGAUGUGAUUCUUAAUGCAUAAAGAAAUGUCAAGAUCAAUGCAAGGGCUGUUUAGAAAUGCGCUGGUGUUUCUAGCCCAAGUAGUCGAAGGGCCACACAUCAAAAAAAUUACGACCUGAGUGGAUUUGUGCUCUGCCAGACUUCCCAAAGGGUCCAAGUCAAUUAAUCUGACUUAUUGAACUGCCAGUUUAGUGGGCAGGUCAGGGAGUGAUGGAAGAGAGAAGGACGUUAACAGGUGCUGCAUGACUUGCCUCCCCCACUGAGGACCACAGUGCAACAGCUUUCCCGGUGUUGUGCUCACCAUUGGCUGUAACAAAGAUGUUGCGCUCUCAGAUGCCGGGAGGUGUUGGAGCAAAUUGAUCCCUGCAGCUGCAGCCCAGCAGCAAAACCAGAUGGGACUGUUUCCACGUGUGAUAUUGGGACAUGCACACGUCUGGCACCUGCCACUGAGAGUGACCGCUCCGUGCUAGAAGCCAGGAGGUUGGCCCCUACCCCUGGCAACGUCAGUAAAAACUGCAGAGUCCUGAACAGAAACUGUCAGUGCUUCCCAAGUCCUGGGGCUUUAGAAGUUGUGCAUGCUUACUACAAUGGAGCAAACGUUCAGUCCUCUUCCUGAAGAAGCACAAUGCCUUCUUCUGCUGGAGCCAAAGUGAUGUGGUGCAGCAUAGUGGGUUAGGAGACUCAGUGUAGACAGGUGCAUGGUAGUGCUCAUUGGGAGAGAUUGUUUGAAUUAAUCAGGUGUGGUACAUCGACAGCUCAUGAAGGGGAAACAAAGCCAGGAGAUACCUGUAGCUGUUCAUCGUGCUCUGGUGGUUUAAAACAAACAAGCAGAAGAGAGAGUAGAAGAAAUUCGUUUGGGGAAUGCUGAAUGCACAUUUGAGAAGAAAACUUGCCCUGUUUUAGAUAAUGGUGUAAGGAAGCAUGCAGCAGAAACAAAAAAAAUGUGCAGAUUUGUAAAUGGGCCCUGCUUGACCGUCAAGGCGGGGUUGUCUUGGUGAGCUUUUUGAAGGCAGGCUGGAACAUGCCCAGCAAACCUCUUGUGAUUAUGGAGUGCAGUGCUUUAAAAGGCAAAGAGGUGGCAUUUAACUUUUUUUCCCUGGCUUUUAAAAUAUUCUGGUUGCUGUAGAGUGCAGUUAAAUUCCUGAACUCAAAAUGAAAUUAUUCCUGUAAAAUGCAUUUCCCAGCUUUGACACAGAAACUGGAUAAUUCCUCUUCAAAGUUAUUGCAGAGGAGAUGAUUUGAAGCAAUAUGAAAAGUCAAAAAGUGAACUGCAAAAAUGAUAAUAUUUUUUUUCAUUAUUUAUUCUCUAUUUCCAUGUAUACUUUUAAAUGGUUUAGGGUAUAUUUUUUAAGUCUCAUCUGGGCUUAGCAAACGCAGUUUUUCACUGCGUUUUUUAGUCAUUAAACAUUUGUUGAGCUUGGAGCACUCUUGGUCAGAGUCAGACUGCUGAGGCGUGCAGAUUAGUUUACUGAGAGUUUGUCAGGUUCUGCUCAAGUUUUUAACACCUUUUUGCUCCAUUGCUUUAUAAAUUCUAGGCAUCCCAGCCACCCAUGUGAAAAUGCACAUUUCGGAGGCCAAGAGAGAAAGGUGAUCCUGUUGUGAAUGACUAAGGCUGUUGGACUCCCUUGGGAAUAGGAUCAUCUGCUGAGCAGUACUGUAGUUUGCUUUUUUUCCCCCCCGAUGCUAUUGUAAAGGAUGGGUGCAGAUUCUCAGGAGGUCUCAGCGUGUGUAUUCUUGGGUGGCACCACUGAGAGUCUGGCCAGAUAGCUUUGCAUGGUACCCAGUACCCUGCCUUUAUUUGCUGAAAUACUUGCCUUUCGCAGAGAUCAGUGCUUGACCUCUGUGACUCAGGAGCUCUUGUUGCAGUAUGUAAGGAUACCCUGCUGGUUUCCAGCUCUCCUCUGGGAUCCACCAUGCACCUGAACUCCGUAUCAGUGAAGGAGCCUGCAGCUUUCUGGGGGUGCUCAGUGUGAGCAGGAGUUACUGGCAAACCACCGCGAGCGUGUGCGCGUGCAAGCCAGCCUUUGCGUUGGCGAUGCAGGGAGGUGUCAUUCUGCCCUGCCAUCCUCCCUGCUGCAGGCAUGCAGCUGUCGUUCAGGCAAAGCCUCUGCCUGCGUGUUGAGAGGGGGGAUGCAAGGAAGGGAGCAGAGUGGGGACAAAAGGCUCCUCGCAUCCCCCCCUCUCCAGAUGCAUAGAGAGGUCCUGGAGGGACCCAUCCUGCUCUGAAGCAUUGCUGGUUGCUAACCCUCCAGGGGCUGGACCAUCUUUUCUCCCUGGCUGAGGGAGGAGAGGCAGGAGAGGACCUCGCUGGGUCUGCACCUGGCAGCAGAGAGGCGAGGGAGAAGGACAAAAUUGCCUUCCCCUCUUCCCACUCAGCAACCAAAGCAGGUGAGAUACUCUCCCAAAGCCAAAACUGCACUGUCCUCCGUGAGUCAGAAGGUUGCAGGGGUCUGGUUGAGAUGCUUGUCAUGCAGCAGCGGCUGUGAAAGAGACUCUCUGGGCUGGCUGUGUGUUUGUGUGUGUCUUGCAGAUAAGUCACGCAUGGACCAGUGAACAUGACUACAGCUUUUAAAUCCAGUAUUUAUGUUGUGUCUUUAACUGAUGUAGAGAGAUAAGUCAGCCAGCUGAGUGAUUAAUGCAGCGGAGCUGUGGGGGAAUGCCAUUCAGCUGCGAUGCCAACUCAGACAGUUUUUCAUCUAUAGCCAGCCACUUGUAAAUGGUUACCAGAAGCUUUCUAAGGGCUUGUAACAGCUCAUCCCUUAAGCACUUUCCCUCUGAUCCCACCUGCUCCCAGGGUGCGGUUUGUCCAUGUUUGGAUGCUCGUGUGGAGAGCGGUGCGCAGCACAGCUCUGCUUUGAGCAGGAGUUUGGACUAGCAGACCUCCAGAGACUGGAAUUGUUCAGUGACUUUUCACAGCUCCAGUGCCUUCUGGUAACAAGGCUGGCUGUUCUGACUUGAAACAGCCGAUAUUUUUGCCUUUGCCCGGUGGGGGAGUGACGUUCUUGCUUGAUUAGAGCAGCCUCUUCAGUGAGGAGGUGGUUGUGGCAGUGGAGGAACUCCAAGGUGGCAGGGUUAUCACCGGGCAUCUGGAGGCAUUACAUGGCAAUGUUCUCCUUGAAAGCAGGGGAGGCUUUUCUCUGCAGACGGUGUACCACUUACCGUGUCUGCAUUCUGCAUCCCUAAAUCAAUUUCGGCCUUCUUGCAGUUAGUCUGACAGCUCCUCCUCCUUUUCUGUCAAGCUGCUCCUGUCUGUCAUCUUAGCACCUCAGCUGCUUCUGUAUAACAGGUCUCUUUUCUUCCACGCUUGCAGAAAUCCAGAAAAUUUGACUGUCCCGUCUUGCCUUGAAAAAACCUGCUCUGAAGCAGUGCUGUGUUGAAUGGAUAACCCUGUGAACAGCUUUUUCAUUCUGCUCGUUGGUAGCCUGUGUUUCCAGCCACAGUUAUAGCUGGGAGGUGUGAGAUGGAGUUUCAGACUGCUGUAAUCCCCUAGCGUUAUGCUGCAGGGACGCAAGGACCCCCUAGUCCCCUUUCCAAAAGUCGCAGAGGUAGAGGCAACCCAUGCUGUGGGGACACUGAAAGACUGUUUUGCAGGGAGCUGCAUACUUUCCAAAUCAGGCCAUACAUUUUCCAACCUUUUGGGGAGCUGUGUAAAAAACAAACAAACA